AAAACUUCCAACAGUUAGCUUCCAAUCGGAGCUAAGCCAACCUCAUCAAUCGACUGUCAUUCACCCAAAGAACAAAUAAUGCCACAAUUCCAUCAUCUUCUCCUCUUCUCUCUCGUUGCCUCUGCUGCUGCAUCCCAAACCUACCUGAAGACGGUGGCGGAGGACCCGAUCGAUGGUUUGGCGGAGGAUCCAAAAGUCCAGUACUGCGAGAGCUGGCGGCUGGCGGUGGAGACCAACAACGCCGGCGAGUGGAAGAAGGUGCCAUCUCGGUGCGUCGACGUCGUAGCGGACUACAUCAAAGGACCCCAGUACUUGAUAGAUUCCAAGAUGGUCGCCCGCCUAUCCCACGCCUAUGCCAAGACUGUCAAGCUUGCCGGCGAUGGCAAGGACCUCUGGGUCUUUGACGUCGACGAGACUCUGAUCUCUAAUUUCCUGCACUACACCGUGCAUGGAUAUGACUCGAGAAUGUCUAAUGAGACGGCGGCAUACGAUCAAUGGGUCAAUUCGGGGAAGGCGACGGCAUUGCCGUGGAGCUUGUGGCUCUACAGAAAGCUCCAGAGUCUUGGAUUUCAGUUGGUUCUCUUGACGGGUCGGAAGGAGCAUCAUCGCAACUCCACCGAGCAGAAUUUGAUGGCUGUUGGCUAUCGUUCAUGGAAAAAACUAAUCUUGAGGGAAUCCUUGGAUGCCACCAAGACAGCUAUGACAUAUAAAUCAGAGAAGCGAGCAGAGUUAGAGGCUGAAGGGUACAGGAUUCACGGGAGCUCUGGAGACCAGUGGAGUGAUCUUCUGGGUCCACCAAUGGCCAAGCGAUCCUUUAAGUUACCAAACCCCAUGUACCAUAUUCCGUAGUCCCUUGGCUCGCCUUCCUCCUAUAAGGCUUCUUAUACC